AUGGGCGCGUUUCAGUCACGAGUUGACGAGGAAGGUGUUCGGAAAGCGGUCGAUUCUCAAUCCGUUGUGAUGUUCACGAAGAGUGCUUGCAGCUAUUGUGUAAAGGCUAAAAAUCUCCUUAACGAGCAAAAAGUCGAUUAUAAAGAAAUCGAUUUCGAUGCUCUUAAGCAGCAGAACCCGAAUGAGCAUCAAGGGCUUGUCAACGGGCUUGUCUAUAUGACGAAAAUCACUGGCGUGCCUCAGAUCUUUAUUUGCGGGAAAUUCAUCGGCGGUUUCACUGAGCUCUCCGAGCUGCACGAGGCGAAGACUCUCUUGGAGAAGAUCUCCGAAUGCACGAAAGAAAACGAU